CACUGAUCGAGUGUGGAACGGCCGAGGCUGACAUUUGCGAGUGGUAUGUGGUUUGUGCGCCAUGUCCUUUCGGAAGGGACUCAGUCGGAGCAGCAACUACGACAACAGCAGCAGCGACACUGAGGACGCCUCCCCAGAGGACCGGACGCAGACCAGGCGUGACUCCGACAGCUUCUCCGGCAGCGGUGGCGCCAAGCUCAAGCCGUGCCUGGUGAGCAAGCUGGAAGACGAAGACGGAAGGAGCGCCGCAGCUAGAAUCAAGAGCCGACGCGGUCAGCUAGUGUCCAGCAGCCAGUCGGGCAGUGCUGGCCACGGGGGCAGCUCCUCGGGCAGCGGAUCCAGCUCCACCGAGAGCAGCGGCGUGCCCUAUCGCGUAGCCUCGGGUGCCGCAAUGGCGACCAGCGGCCACGGCGACGGCGUGCCUGCAGGGGUGGCCGCCAUGUCGGCGCUGUCUCUGGCCACGGGCUCGGACGAGCGCGUCACCCUCAUCGUGGACAACACGCGGUUCGUCGUUGACCGCCUGUUUGCCCUGCAGCCGGACACCAUGCUGGGACGCAUGUUUGGCUCAUCGCUGGAGAACAACAUUACGAGGCCCAAUGAGCGAGGAGAGUACGAAGUGGCUGAAGGCCUGUCUGCUACAGUUUUCAGAGCCAUCCUGGAUUACUACAAGACUGGCGUCAUCUACUGUCCUCCAAGUGUCACAGUGCCUGAACUGCGAGAGGCAUGCGACUAUCUUCUCAUCCCAUUCGAUGCCCAAACUGUCAAGUGCCACAACCUCAGGGGCCUUCUACACGAGUUGUCCAAUGAGGGAGCUCGUCAGCAGUUUGAGAAGUUCCUCGAAGAUCUGAUUGUCUGCAGAAUGGUGAUUGCUGCGCAGAGAGGUGACCGGGAGUGCCACAUAGUGGUUCUGCUGGAUGAUGACACAGUUGACUGGGACGAGGAGUACCCACCCCAGACAGGCGAAGAGCAUUCACAAAUCAUUCACAGCACAGCUAUGUACCGUUUCUUCAAGUACAUCGAGAAUCGAGAUGUUGCCAAGCAGGUGCUCAAAGAGCGUGGCCUUAAAAAAAUUAGGCUUGGCAUCGAAGGCUACCCUACCCACAAGGAGAAGGUGAAGCGUCGGCCAGGCGGGCGUUCUGAGGUGAUCUACAACUACGUGCAGCGUCCCUUCCUGCGCAUGUCCUGGGAAAAGGAGGAGGCCAAGAGCCGGCACGUCGACUUUCAGUGCGUCAAGAGCAAGUCUGUCACGAAUCUCGCGGCCGCCACCGACGGGUCUCCACCGGUGGCCAACUCCGGUGCAAUACACCAGGCGGCGAUCGCUGCCGGAGUGGUCGGUGGUGGUGCAAUCGGCGGCGUAGCGGCAAAUGCGCCCAUAGUGGUACACGUGCUACAGCAAGAGCUCGGUGCCGUUGGAGGGGUGGAGGAGCCUGUUGCUCAGCCGCAGGAAGAAGUUGUGGUGCUGCCCAAGGAAUCCUAUCCCACGGUGCUCUUCCCGCCUGACGACUUGCCGUAGUGCCGAUGCACGCAUCACCAGGAUGAACUUGCAUUUGUGGAACGGUGUUGAACCUCAGGUUUUUUUAGUGCCAGGACACAGCUUUCGUGUUCGUGACGAAGAGCACAAAUGUGGGUGGCUACCAACUGAUGGACUCAAGGCCCUGCACUGCAGCAACCUGUCUGAUUGGUUUAUUUUUUACUGCCAGACACUGGAAGUGCGGAGCCAGAAUGUUCAACGCUGCUUGCUGCUUCCACCUUAUUUUUUGUCUCGGGCAACACCGUCGAGUGUUGCUGUCUGGAAUCCCUGACAAAGGAUAAUGAGCCAUGCAGUAUAUCUUGCACUGGAGGCUACCAUUGGGUUCUGGAUCUGCAGAUGCACCACGGUCCUGGCCAUUUGUGUGAAAAGAUCUUUUGCUGCACAUUCUAGAAGUGACUAGCACAUGAAGGUUUAGUUCAACAGUUAAUUCCUGGUGUCUUGCACUACCAUCCCAAAGUUGAAUGAGAGGCUGUCUUGUGGAACAUGCUACCAAUCUGCAGCAACCUCAUUUUGUAUUCGUGUCCUGUAUUUGCAGGACUUGCAAUUUAAAUCUGAACUUUUGGACAUCGGGUGAAACAGAAGUUUCAAUUUCUAUAAAGUUGCAGUCUUUUUUCUGCGUCUGUCUUACUUAAUAAUUAAGUACGAUAAUUUUUGUAAUGUGGAAUGUUACGAAGAAGUGACAACUUUUGCAAAAAGACAGACUAUGGUAGUCAUUUAGUGGUCAGCCAAAGCCCACAGCACAAAUUUGUGCUUUUUCCUACAAAAUUAAGACUAGCUGCAACCCAACACCUUCAUGAGUGCUUUUGAUGGCUGCUAUGCUUUGUCAAAAGUGUUUUCAUCAGUCCUGGUGACAACAAAGAAGAAAGCAACAUUUUUGAGACCGUGGCAGCAGUGCCUCUGAGUGAAUUUAAACUCAUGUGUUCAUCCCAACGUGCCUCUGUUAACUUUAAAGUAAAGAUUGAGCCUUAUUGUGAUGUGUGGUGUGCUUUCUUACUGCACUUAGAAAGCUUGUCACAAUAAUUGAAGAAAGCUUUCUUCCGUCCCAAGCUCGGGCACGUGCUUCUGCCAAACAAUGUUUGAAAUUAAUAGAGAGGUGGCGCCUCCUGUGAGCAGAUGUCAAGAAUUUUUCAGCAGGUUCCUAGUUAGACGUUAAUGCCAAUAACAACUUGUAUUUCCGUUGUGGCAGCAGAUAAUAAAGCUUCCAUCAAUGGAUACUUUGCUGAAAUCGGUUCUGCAGUUUGGUGAUUGUGCAGGAAGCAGUGUAAAAAGAGACAAAGCCUCUUCAAGGCAACAUGAACUUGCACAAGAAUGUUACUCCCAAUUUAAAUUCUAAGGAAUGUUUGCUUUCAUCAGUCAGAGAUAUGGCUAAAGCUGCAAAGUUUAAUCUCUCCCUUGUUCUGACUUCUUCACACGCAUUGUCUGCUUGUUUGCACAAGUUAGCAUAUUUGAUAGCUGUAUUCUUACUUCAACAAGCUAUCUACAUAUAUUUCUUGUAAUGUCACUGUUCUUACUUUUUUUUUAAUACACAUAUUAAAAGUGUGAUCCUGAGUGGCAUUGGGUAAGGAACCCUACAUUGUUAUUUAAUGUAAAUAGAAUGUCACUAUAGCAAAGUUACAUGCAACCAAAGCAUACCCUCUUGGUAAUCCAGUAUUUUUAAUAAUACAUUUGUUCAUUGCUUAUAUUGGGAAGCAAAAUAUUCGAUUUACUUUUUUGUCAGAUUCAUUAUAUUUGUGUUUGUUAUAUUGGGUUUCUACUGUUGUAAACUGACAUUACGGCACCAGAAUGGCUUUUGGUGACUUUUAAUGAUAAUUUUGAACAAAAAUAUCUGCUUUGAACGUUUCUUCGGUGUUGCGCAUGCAUGUAGACUACUUUUCACAGCCCUACAGAGAACAUUUGUGUUCCUCUGUGCUCUGGAUAAGCACUAGGAUGACAAGGAACUCCGCUUUUUCCUUGUUGCCGGUAUAAUGGAUGUUCUUGUGCAAUAUUCAUGCAUAAAUGGCUUCUGUUGGUGGAUGGCUCUUGGACUCUCUGUUGGAGUUGUUGGUGUAGUAUGGGGAAUGCAGCUGAUGUCUGCUGUAGAUAUUUCAGUGAGUCUUUUAUGAAGUCUGAGGCAAGUGGGGUUUUUAUGCUGUAGAUAUUUCAGUGAGUCGCUUAUGGAGGCUGAGGCAGGUGUGGUUUUUAUAGAAAUGGGAUUAGCCAUAUGAAGUUACCGGCAGAGUGCUGUUAAUUUCCAGAAGGUACAGCCCAAUAGGAGCUAGCCUCCUUAAGUUAAUUAGAUCAGAAAUUGCAGAAUGUUUGUUAACUGCAAUCUGCAAGCCUUUAUUUUUUCCUUGCUAAGUCCACCUGGUUUUUUGAAAGCUAUAUUUUGCAUAUCAAAAUGUCACAAGGCAUAAAGGUUUGUUCGGCAUUGCACAUGCAUGUAGAAUACUUCUCACAGCUCUACAGAGAACAUUCGUGUUCCUCUGUGCUCAUGGAUAAGCACUAGGAUGACUAGAAAUGGGAUUAGCCACUCUUUGUACUAGUAGUUAUCAGUACAAGUCAUUUGCCAAUUCGUUUAAAAUACUGAAUAAUAAAUCUGCGGUUGUACAUCCCAAAACCAUGAUAUGAUUAUGAGAGACGGCGUAGUGGAGGGCUCCAGAAAUUAUGACCAUAUGGUGCUCUUUAACGUGCACCGACAUCGCACAGCACACUGGCCUCUAGCAUGUUGCCUCCAUCGAAAUGAGACCGUCGCAGCCGGGAUUGAACAUUUGAAAUGCUUCUGCACUGCAUUAAUACUUGAGUAAUUUUCAUAGACAAAACAGAAAUUUGGGGAUAUAUGUUUGAAGUGGUAAGAAGUUGUCAAACAAGAAAUGCCACGUAGCCAAUGUUUCGAUAAGUUUCUUUGGUAAAAGGUCACCUCCAGUGAUGAUCCUUGUUUGGUUUCUCAGCACUUCACAGACAAUAAGUGAUACAGCAAAAGGGUGAUUUACAAUUUCUUGUGGAAACUGGAAACGGUGUCUCAGAAGUUUAGCUGAAAUUCCUGGUUAAUUGGUGCUUUUCAAGGGGGAAUAAUCUGAAAGGAAGUGUGAAAUGUAGCAUGCUAUUUGACCAAUCAUUGUUUUGGGUCCAGGAAAUAAUGAACACUGUGGUUAGCUGCUGUGCAACAUUUAAAAUGACAGAAAGGACAGUGUGUAGAAAUAUUUUUUGGAAGCACUACAUUUCAUGGUUUCUACACUGGUAGUCCCCACACAGCACACUGCUGCAUAUAAGGCUGAAUUUUCCUAAUGCUCCCCAAAAUGUGGAAUCUGAGCACUCUGUUGAACUUAAUUAGUUAUGUGGUCUGUGUGAAAAUGUAUAUUGCAAGAAGCCACAUGCUCUGUCUAGAAAAAAAGGAGGUGGGUUAACGUGUGUUCACUUGUCACUAGCACUCACACGCAUGAGCUUAAGAGCACCUUCAGGUUGCACAUACUGAUCAGUUGGAACUACCAUAAAGAAUCCAUCGCAGACUUUGAGAAUUUUUAAACACUUCAUCCACGUAAUUUUUAAUAUGAGAAAGGUGUAUGUGCAGUGGUCUGUGCGCAUUCUUUAGUUAUAAGAUAAGAUGUGUGUUGUGUGAGAAGCGUUUGAUACGGAACUUGUAGUCCCCCCUCUGCACAGCUGUACCAUUUAGCCACUGUGCCCGGCAGUGUGAAAUGUCCCACAGUUUGUGCUACAGAACCUCCUGGAGUCAAGAAUGGUGCUGUGGGGACGUCCACUAUGCUGUGUGCGUGUGUGUUACGAAAACAAUGUAGAUAAAAUGUACUAGUUUGGCUUUUUUUUGUGCACAUGAGUCUAACGCAUUGCACUCACCGGCUUUCUUGCACUGACAAGGUAGUGACCUUGUCUCGCGUGUUAGUAGUCUUCACAGUGUGUAUACUUCUGUGCAAAUAUUGUUGCAUUUUAUACAGUGUUAAGAAUAACACACAGUGUUUUGUGUUGUGUUACAUGUGUGUGGGAGAGUGCCACGGCGUGACUUGCUUCCUUUUGUACAGAACCGGACGGUUUUAAUA